AUGGUCGAAGACGAGAUCUUUGAAGCGCAUGUGGCCGAGUUAAUGCCUCGAUGGGAACAGGAAUAUUCUUGCUUCCAAGAGAAAUGCCUCCCAGUUGACCAUUAUACAUUUGAUGAGAUUGCCGAUUUUUCUACAAUAAUCGAUAAUCUCGGGCUUGAUCCUCUCGAACAGCUAAACAACGCCAUAGCCGAUUCGGGUGCCCAUGAAUCUAGACAUAACGACUUCCGGUAUAAUUGGAGAUGCAAACUAGACCCCCUUGGUGGUCCACCGCCUCCGGAUAAUUACAUUGGCAGUACAAAGGCUUUGCUAAAGCAGGAUUUUGGCCUAGAUGUAUUAGCUGGUCAAUUUGAGUUCUUUGAUUUCAAGAAGACUGUCAGCUACUUAACGUUACCGAUGUCUUUCCUAGGACAUGGCGAGCUGUUUAUGCGCGAGAUGUCAAAUGGGUGGAGGUCCUAUGUGGCUUACAACAUAAAUCCAACGCUGCAACCACUCAGUGAAGGCCCAUUCCACGCGGCCUUAAAGGCCUUGCGUUUGGAAAGUAAUGAUACCAAAGGUUCAAACCCUUAUUAA